CCCAAACUCUCGUAGUACUAUUUUACACGAACUUAACCCAAGGUUAGCUUUGGGCUAGCUCGCUAUGCCUUGGUCUCCUUCAGCAAGCUAGACAGUUGUUUCAUUGCUGUCGUUGCUGUAAGUUUGCAGCCUGAGACUAGCAGGCCCGCUGCUGACCUUGGAGGACGCCAAACGGCGGGCAUCCGGUUUAAAGUUCGAGUAUCCUCAAACAAGUACCAACCAUUUUUUGGCACCCUCCCUCGUGUCCCCCACUCCAGCUAGAUUCCCACGAUGUCGUCUCGCCAGCGCCGUAUAUUGAUUUGUGGAAACCUUGUUUGGGCUCAUGAUGAAGCCAGACAGCUUUUUAGCGGGCUCGCAGAUAUUGUUGUUAUGGAUUCUCCAAAUCGGGGAGAUUUCCUUGCUGGGCUGAAAGGAGAAAAGUACGACGGAAUUGUGGGCAUCUACCGGCACAACACUUCAGCAGACCGCAUCGGCGUUUUUGACGAAGAGAUUAUCGAUGCACUGGCUGAAACGGGCACUAUCAAGUGGAUCGCGCAUAACGGUGCGGGUUACGAUCAGAUCGAUGUCCUUCGAUGCGCAAAAAAAGGUAUCAACGUGUCUAAUACUCCUGGCGCUGUCGAUGAUGCAACUGCCACUACGGCGUUAUACCUUGUCAUUUCUUGUCUCAGAAAUUACGCUUGGGCCGAACAAUCCCUUCGCCAGGGAAGGUUCAAAACGGGCCUCCAUCCUGGGCGGGCUCAUGAUGUUACGGGACGCACGCUGGGUAUCUUGGGCCUCGGCGGUAUUGGUCUUAGGCUUGCUCAUCUAGUACACGCAUUUCCUAUGCGCGUUGUCUAUCACUCGAGGAAUAAGUCUGCCAACGCACCAGAGUGGUGCGAGUACGUUGACAGUGUGGAAAAGCUUUGUCGAGAAAGUGAUGUUCUGAGCUUGCAUGUUCCUUUACGUGAUGAGACAGUUCAUCUGGUGGGCGAGAAGGAGAUUCGUGCGAUGAAGAAGGGCAGUAUCAUCGUGAAUACCGCGCGUGGAAAGGUCAUUGACGAGGAGGCGAUGAUUCGCGCUCUUGCAGAUGGCCAUCUCUCGUCUGUUGGUCUAGACGUAUACCCCAACGAGCCUCUCGUGAAUCCGCGUUUACUCGAAUUCCCGCAAAACGUACUCCUCCCUCACAUGGGGACAGAGAACCAGGAUUCCCAGCGCUGCAUGGAGGUUCGUGCGCUAACUAACUUGAGAGACUUCCUUCGCGAUGGCCAAGGGCAUGAUCUGGUCCCCGAGUUACGGAGUAAAUUGUGAUGGUCAAUUCUGGAAUAUUACAAUAAGAUAGUACAUGUAUAUAUUCACCUCCCUAACGACUCACCGUAGCUCGCCAUAUGCGCGCAUAUGGGCGGCAUUGGGACAGUUCCAUCAGACUCGUGGAUCUGUUCUUUUGAGGAAUUUUGCUGGAUAUGUACGUCCGGG